AUGCCACAAUGCUGGGGGAUUUCUUCAAAAGAAUCAACAUCACACAGAAAAGAGAUAUCCCGUCUCAUAAGUAGAUCGCAAGAGGUUGGGGGACUCUUCCCCAGCUACAAGGGUAUGGAUGCAUUUGUUGUAAAAACAAAAAGGCAACAACCAAUUAAGAUAAAUAAAGAGGAAAAAAAGAAAAAACUGAAACAAGUUACAAUUGAAGCAUUGCCUAGAGUUGUGGUUGUUGAAGAUAUUGAAAGACUAUCACUUAUUUUACAAAACAGCAAUGAUGCUGCUGCACUUCAUAAUGCUCUUGAAGAGCUUUCCAAGGUGAAGCCAUCAAAGGAAAUUUUAUUAAAAACCAAGAUAGGACAUAUAGUAAACAAAUUGAGGAAACAUGAAGAUUCUUCUGUUCAAAAAGUUUCAAGACAGCUUUUCCAUGACUGGAAAAAGUUUUAUAAGGAACAAAGAUGUCGACCAGUUAUUGAAGUAAGGAGUGAUGCAAAAUCAGAACUGACAAGAAUGAAAGCAAGGAAACUGAUAGCAGGUGCUGUUGGUAUGGAGGUGACCCAUAACAUUCCAGAAAUGAUUGAAAGAGAAGUAUUCAAAAAUGCCAAUAGAAAAAUAGAUGUUAAUUACAAAAGAAGAAUUCGUAAACUUGUUUUUGACUUGAGGAAUAAGCAAGGUGACUAUGAUAAGUUUUUUGGUGAUAAAAAACUGAAUUCAAACCAAGAUGGAGCUUUAACAGAUCAAACUAGUUGAAUACUUAGUUUUGUACUUCAAACGUAGUAGUUUAUUUUAUAUUUCUACAAAUUUCAAGAUAAAGAAUAAUUGUAAAAAACCAUGAGAUAAAUUAUGUUACUUAUUUGCGUAAAGACACUUUGUUAUUCUUUAGUUUUGUUAUUUUAAUCUUGUUUGUUUUUCCAAAAGCUAAAAAUUUUUGUUAGUUUGUUGUCGUUUUUAAUAUGAUUGUAUAUAUCUUUGUUGCGUUAGGAAAUACAAUUCCAAUUUCCAAAGACUGAAAUAUUUCGAGAUUUUUUUGUUGUGUUUUAGCAAUUUGCACAAUCUAAAAAUCCUUACAAUGAUUAUUAGUUAACAAUCUUUUGGUGGUACAAAACUUGUAAAUGGCUUUGAAAAAAGCAAACAUUUAGUAAACUAAAGCUUUUCGUCUGACACUCUUCAGAGUUUAAAACGUCAGAACAUAGAUCGAAAACUCUACGCUUAGAAAUAUAUAUACCCAGUUGUGGAUCGAAAUAUUAUUAGUUAGUUUCAUUGUUAUGAAAUAUAAUCAUUCUAAACUAUCUAUCAUCAUAUCAACAUAAGAAUCCAUUUGAUAUUGUUUCUUCAGUUUCUGGUCUUAAACUAUUCCAUGGAAUCAAGGUAUUCGAUACCCGAUGAGUUGAAUUGCUUUUCUAUAGAGGAUCAAAAUGGACGGCAUUUUUAGCAUAUAUGACUAGGCAUAACACGUAGCAUGGCAUACGGCAUACCACAUAUCAUUAACGAUUAGUCUAAUAAAAGUAAAUUAAGUUUAUUUAUUAUUGAAAUGUUCUUUUACUACCGAAUUGGUGUUUCCUAAAUUUAAGCUCAAAAUAUCGUUAGCAAUUAUCCUUUUGUUGGAGUUAAUCAUAACCUUCACUUUUAAACUAACAUUUUGAAUGGCUACUCGAUUUUUUUUCCUGAAAAUAAUAUUUUCGAUGCGUAGGAUAAUAAAGAAAUGGAAUUGAUUUUAAAAGGAAGAAAGUUGCCUGCAUACCUUGAAUGUGUUUGGGAUACCAAUAUACGCUUGUAAUAUUAUUUUGACACGCAAAUAAAGCAUGUCCUCCCCUAAUUGGUCCAGCUACUGGUUUUUUAAUCUUUUUCUGACCCAUUUGUACCAUUGGUUUGUACUUCAUCUCAUGAGCUACCGUAAAAUUUUCUUCUCAAACUGAGGGCAUGCGAGAGAGGGAAUAUUUCAAGGGAUUUAUUUUUCUGCUUGUAGCACAUUUGACUACCGUAGAUUUAUAUAAAUAUUCUCUUGAUAUUAUCAACCAUAAAAAUUAUACUUCUCCAAAAUCUCUGUUGGUGCAUAAAUCAUGAAAAUCUAAGAAAGUUGCGUAAAUCUUUAACUGCAAAAAAUGACACCCAAUUUUUUUUGCAAUUUUGCAGCAGUGAAUCAAAUUUAACACUGCUAUCCUCUAUAAUUAGUAUACGUACGUAAAUGUAGUAUUAAUUAUUCAAUACUGAUAACCUUUCGAAAAACAGUGGCCUGAACUGGAGCCGAAGGGUUUCCAUAAUCCCCAUUUUUUCUGGGCCACUUCUAAUUCAAUUUAGAGUGGCUUUCUAAUUAGCUCUCGCUUUGAGUGUUCUAAGUUUGAAAAUCAGUUGGUGCCUUUCCCACUCAACUAUAUUAAACCAUUUGUUUCGUAAUUCAUUUAAUUACGAACCAUUUGCCAAACUUUCUUAGAUACACUCUCAGAAUGUAAAGAUGUGCGCUGUGCAGUCAAAAGGAUGCGUUAAACAACAGAUAACUUUCAUCGAACACAUCCAAUAAAGAAACUACCGUCGCGAUGUUAAAUUAAAAGUAAGUUGCUUGGAAAAGCGCCCCGCGUAGUCAGAAAAUACUGAAAAAUAGUCGAGAGAUUUUUUCUACCUGUUUUAUAUCAUUUCAAGCAAACUUAUGUCAAAAACCUAUGGUUUAGAGGUGUUAAUUUUUCCAAUUUCAUACUUUUAUUUUUUGCAUGAAACAGUGAAUCCUCGCCUACAAAAAGUGGCCAUCGCAUUCUGCCACCACAUGAUGAUUUUCAAUCAUACGUGAAGGAUAAAAAGUAUAAACAGA